AGGCGCGAACUUCGGUUCAGAGGCCAUGUAGCUCCGCCGGGGCGCGAAAAACCGACUCCAAGCGCCGCCGGUGCUUGGCACCAUGACCCCGGCAGAGGUGGAGCGAUGGCUGCAAGGCUUGGGAUCGUUGCUUCCACGUGAGGCCGUUUCUGCGUUGGCCGAGGAAGUCCGGCGCCAGGGUAUGGACGGAUCUGCAUUUGAUGCGUUGGUUGCGAGUCGAGCAACGCCCUCGCUGGGAGAUGCAGUUCGUCCGAAUCACAUGGCCACCUUGCGACGGUGCUGGAAUGCGAAGAAACCUUCGAAGGCAGCUGCACUGCCCAAACAGGACGACGAGAAACUGGAGCAAAGGAAGAUCACACCUGCGAGGUUUGAUCCACCUCCACGAGAGACGGUGACCGAGCUCGGGGAGCUGCCAGAGGUUUCGGUGGAGAUUCCCAAGGAGGCUGAAGAUGUGGACAAAGAAGCAGACAUCGGUACUCCGUUGAGCAGCGCUUUGCAGAAGCAGAAGGUUGCCAGACCUCCACAGGUUCCGAAGUUGGAUCUCUCCUUCGUGCACAACAAAGGAAGUCGAAGCGAUUCCGAUAACCUCAUGAAGCACGAAUGGAAGGGUGGAAGGACACAUGGAAGACCUGCAAGCAUCGUCUCUGCCGCUGGUGCUGAUGACCCUCAUAGGGCUGGCUUUGCCCAUGCGAGUGCCGAGGAUCAGCAGCGCAUCGCAGAGUUUUAUGGAUAUCGAGACGAGGGCUUCAUUGCCACGAUGAACGGACUUUGCACCGACAUGAUCCGGCCAAGACUGUACGUGGGAAAUAUGGCAGAUGCAGCAUACUGGCCUUUGUUGAAAAAGCUUGGCAUCACGCAUGUGAUCAACUGCUCGCUUGAGGCACAAAAAGUUCCUCCAGCCUAUGAAUCCAAGGGCGUGCAGUGAGCGACAGCGCUCGACAGCCGCGACGCUUCCUGCGGGACGGGUCGCGUUCCGGCGCUCCUGCGAGGUACUUGCUACUGCCUUGGCAAGACAGAGAAGAGGAGGCGCAGAGCCUCACCAGGCGCUGAAAACGGGCGAAAAAACCGAAGAAACCACCGGAUCCGACGGUUUUUCCCGCGAGGCCCCGGUGCGUUCGCGCGCCGUUGGGACUCGCGUUCGGGACCAGCGAGCCGAAAGCGAUGGCCAUCGUGAGGCAGAGAUUCCGAACUUUGCGAGGGGCGACGCAAUACAUGAAGAGUGUGUUGAAGGCAAAGACGCGUGUUGAAGGCAACGACGUUCCUUUGUGGAGAGUUGGUUGACAAGUUGCCAAAACCAGCACAGCAGUGAGUUCACAUGACACACACACACACUUGAUGAAAUGCGUACAAAUUUGGUUGCGGUUUGCCACACGGCGACCUAGGUAAAAAAUGGACUGAGUAAAACGGCAAGGGUAGGUUAGAGGCCAUCGCUAGGAAGUUGGUGGCCAUCGCCCAAGUUUGGAGGCCAUCGCUAGUAGGUUAUGCGCACAAACAUAAAGCUGCACCAAGCAACAAGGUUGGAGGUCAUCGCUUAUGGGUUGGAGGCC